AUGGAUGCUAAAACUCAAGCAGGAGCAAAAGGAGGUGCAAAGACGCCUGAAUCAAUUGUUGAAGAAGCAUAUAAAGGAAUUGUAACGGAGUGCGCUUUUUACGCGACUCUUCCUGAGCAUCACGAUGUCAGCAGCGUUGCGGACUAUAUAUCGAUUGAUAUUCAUCCUACAAAAUCUCUUGUGGUCACUGGCGAUGCGCUGGAUAACAUCGUUGUGUGGGACUACGAAGCGAGAAAGAUUGUGUACAGAACAUCGGCAGUGCAAUUAUUCAACGACACAGUGGAGCUGAUCAAUGAAUGUGUGAAGAACCCUGAAAUCCCUCCAGUGAACCGCACAUCCGAUGCGUCUGUGACCCCCAUGUCGGGUCUUCGCCACGUGCAAUUCUACGACAACGACACGCUUCUCUGGUCGAACAACAGCAGCUACAGCCCCGCGUCGUCGCAAUUCGUGAUCGCUGUGUUCAGCCAGGGCUGCGCGAUCAUCGACUACAUCGCCCACACCUCCGUCAGCAUUUUCUAUUCCACCCAUCUGAGCAACCUGCAAGCGAACUGCGUGCUGCCGCUGAACGGCCGCUACCUGCUCAUCGGAACGAACGGGAAUCUCUGCGUCUUCGACACGAUCUCCAACGCCAUCCGCGACUCCGUUCCCUUCCUCAACGUCCAAUUCCUCCUCCCCUACAAAGCCCGCGUCGACGGCUGCCUCAACUACCAGCGCGCAUCGAGCGAGAUCCAAGUCGUCGCGCUCAACUCGCAGAACCUGGCUAUCUGCUGGACGCUCGCGCUCGACGCCUCCAACGAGUUCGUUUCCCUCACUCCCGCCUUCGCCUUCGCCAACGGCGGGCUCUGCCAGAACGCCAUCCGCAGCGCCGUCUUCGCCUCCGAUCUCCGCCGCCUCCUCCUCACCGACGGUCUCCAGCUCAUUUCUCUCGACGUCGGCGUUUCUCGAGAGGGCGUUUCGCUCCCCGAGCUCUCUGCGCUCGGCGUCACCCAGUCGCUCCCCGCCGCGGCGCUGCGCUCCGUCCCCAUCUCGGGAGGCACGGUUCUGGAGGUGGCGGCAACGCUGGUUCCCGCGCUUCCUGCGCACUGCGUGCCGGUCGUGGACGGACGAAACUCCCUCGCCGUGGUGGAUCUGCGGACGGGCGCGCUGCACAGACUGUCGGAGCCGGCGCUGCUGGGCAGUGCCGUGCAGGCCGCGGAGUUCCGACAUGUGGCGGUGCGCGUGUCGGACCAUGCGAAGGUGGGAGUGAUCGGGAUCGCGGUGGGGUCGCAGGUGGGAGUGUUCGUGUUCUCGGUGGCCACGCAGCGAACUCCCGCGGUGCUGCGCGUGAUGCAUCCCGAUUUGGAUGGAGAGAUGGUGCAUGUGGUGAAGUACACGGAGGGACAAAUUGGUGGAGAGGGGAUGAGUGAAUGA